AUGAACCCGUCACGUUCCCUCGGCGGCUACCUCUCCCCCCGGUCGCGAGUCUUCCUCUAUCUCUGCCUAGCAGCAGUCCUCCUCCUCCUCUCCUACCAAUUAAUCCUCGACCAUGAAGUGAUCAACCUAGAUAGCUGGUCCAUCUCCGACAUUUUAGUCGCCGACGACAACGAUCGCUUCGUCCCAGAUCCGAUCCCAGAGAAGGAAUUGGUCUUUGCUGCCAUGCAGGCUAGCAAUAUGUCCUGGGUCGAGGAGCAUUUACCAGAUUGGAGUGCGAGUAUCUAUCGCGCGGAUGCGAAGCAUGGGUUGACUGUGCCUAUGAAUAAAGGGAAUGAGGCUAUGGUUUAUCUCACGUACAUAAUCGACCGAUACUGGACUCUCCCCCAAGUCUCCGUCUUCCUCCAUGGCGGACGAUACCAAUGGCACGUCGACAACCCGCUCUACGACUCGGUGAUCUCAAUCCAACACCUCAACCACGCCUUCGUCCAGGAAGCCGGAUAUGUGAAUCUGCGCUGUACAUGGAUGGUCGGAUGUCCAAGUGAACUGGAGCCUGCGCGGUAUCUGCGUGAAAGACCCGAUGAUCGUGAGCAUCCCACCGCGAUGCAGUAUCCCGAUCGCUUUAUGGAGUUGUUUCCGCGUGCGGAGGUGCCGGAAGUCGUGGGAACGCCGUGUUGCAGUCAGUUUGCGCUGUCCAAGGCGAAGAUCCAUGAGCGCAGUUUGGAGGAUUAUGUUCGCUUGCAGCGUUGGCUUAUAGAGACUGAUUUGGAUUCGGGAACUAGUGGGCGGAUCUUGGAGUAUUCGUGGCAUAUGAUCUUUGGGAAACCGGCACAGUAUUGUCUCGAUCAGAAGGAAUGUUAUUGUCGCACUUAUGGAUAUUGUAAUAUGACCGACACCGAGAUGCAGAAUCAGUGGGUUUGGCGUGGCCUGGUGCUACCGCAGGGAUGGCCCGAGACUGAUGUAUAG